AUGGAUUGGGAGGAAGCAACCAAGCUCAGGUUGUUCCAACUAAAUGAGAUGGAUGAGUUUCGGUAUCAGGCAUAUGAGAGUGCAGCACUGUAUAAAGAAAGAAUGAAGCAUUACCAUGAUAAGAAGAUCUUGAAGCGAGAAUUUUACAAGGGUGAUCCUGUAUUGCUGUUUAACUCCCGUUUGAAGUUGCUGCCUGGUAAGCUUAAAUCGAGGUGGUCUGGUCCAUUUGAGGUGGUUGGUGUUUCACCCCAUGGAGCGAUUGAGUUAAAGUCCGGAGAUGGAACUCGGACAUUUAAGGUGAAUGGGCAGAGAUUGAAGCACUAUCACGGGAUGGUUUCGGAGGAUAGGAUUGUUGAUCGAUACAGGUUGAAGCACCUCGGAACGAACGAUGAUCUGGUGCACACUGAUAAAGAGUGA